GGGUGAUUCUCGCUUCGUCGUUGAACGCGUUAAUGCAGUUAUAAUGGCUGGAAAUAAAAUUGACGGGUUGCCACAUUUGCUCGAGGUGAAGUUGUAAAGGGCUUCGGUCGUGGUUCCAAAGAGCUAGGAUGCCCGACGGCAAAUUUACCACUAGAAGUGGUCAAAAACCUGCCGGAAAAAAUUGAGACCGGUGUGUACUGUGGAUUCGCUUCUGUUGAGGGCGGUCAAGUUUAUAAGAUGGUGAUGAGCGUCGGUUGGAACCCGUUUUACAAUAACAAAACUAAAGCGGUAGAGGUUCAUAUAAUGCAUAAAUUUGAUUCGGAUUUUUAUGGAAAGGAAGUACGUAUUGUCAUUUUGGAUUAUCUUAGACAGGAGAAGAAUUUUGAAUCGUUGGAUGCACUCAUGGAAGCAAUACAAGGUGAUAUUAGACAAGCCAAUGAAACGUUACAGUUACCGGAGUUUAACCAAUACAAAACGCAUCAGUUUUUUACAGGUCCGUAAUAAAUAUUCAGAAUAGUAA